AUGUCUUCCACUGUUCUCGGCGACAAGGAUGUCAAUGCGGCGCAGACAGUCCAUGCAACUGAAUCAAAGCCGGAUAUCAAGAGCAUGGAGUACCAUCGCCAGGUUCUCCAGUCGAGGCUUGAGGAGGACAAGGGCAAGCCAACAUACGUCUCUCCCAGCGACAACAUCAUGUCUCCCUGCACAGCUAAAUUGAGCGCCUACCGCAACAAGCAUGUCAUGAAGGCCAAGCCAAAGUCCCUCUUCGCAAAGGCAUCCAGCAAGAACCUCGGCUCCGCAGACAUGUUUGCCGACAAGCCCACAGAGCCCAAGGCCGACGUCGACAUGCAGUAG